AUGUGGGCAUACGGAUGCGUCACAUUCAGUUGGAAAAUAAUGAUUAAGUUCGCGUCGAUCAUUGCCAUGAGCAUUGCUUCUGUAACCUAUGCAGAAUAUUACGAUACAAAACGAUUCGAAUGGGUCGGUGGUAAUUUCGAUUGGCCGUGCGAAACCACUAAAAACAUGUACAAGAGCAGCGGUCGCUACAUAAGUAAAAACGUCAUCGCUACGAGAGCUGUUAUAUACAAGGACGAAGCUAUCGUUACUUUACCACGCUUCAAGUCCGGAGUGCCAGCUACCCUGGCGAAAUUACCAUUGAAGAAUAGACUCGGUAUUCAACCGCUGCUCAAGCCAUUCCCGAGUUGGUCCUACCAAGAGGAAGACGAUUGUGAUGCUUUACAGAGUGCCGUUGAUGUAUUUCUCGAUCCGCACACUAUUCUGUGGGUUCUCGAUACCGGUGUCGUACGUUCUCUCGAAGAUCCAAUUCGUACAUGCCCACCUAAAGUCGUUGCGAUCAAUCUCAAGACCGGAAAGGUUGUAAAGACGAUCUUGCUAGACGAGAUGGCGACUCCGAGUUCGCGGCUACAAUACGUAACUGCCGAUUACAGCGGUGACGGUCGGGUCUUCGUAUACGUUACGGACGCAGCAUCCCGAGCUAUUCUCGUCUACGAUGUGACUUCCGAUCGUAGCUAUCGUAUGAUUUUGCCGAAAAUCGUAACCGCCGGUGCCGCCACUCCCGACGUCCUCUACUCCGUCCUUCUUCGUCGCUCCGACGGAUCAGCCUGUCUCGUUUUUACAUAUCUCGGCGGAGACAGAAUAUUCAGCCUACUCACGAAUAAGCUUAGGAAUGGUACUUCGGUCGGGAACGUUAAUGAUCUUGGUUCAAAGCCGAAAAAAAUGGUUUUUUUGGGUACUGACGGCGGGAGCGUUAUGUAUUUCCGUUACGAAGGCGAUUCGGCCGUUUAUCGUUGGGACACAAACCAUAGCUUUGACCUCGAAAACUUUGAAAAAGUUUACUCCGGCCACGAAUGUUCGUUAACGACCCAAGUGACGGCUGAUGGAAAACGAGCUCGUGUUAGAAUUAUGGAAUCAAAUUUUCCAGACUUUUUCCAGGGCACCGUCGGUGUUGGGGUCGAACAUGCCCUCAUUAUCAUUUAGAACUUUUUCUCCUCCAUUGGUCUGCCUAAUUUCCAUAUUUCACGUAUUUUUGUCUCCUUUAAUCUCUCUAACGACGGGAUUAAUAGCAAGUUACGAAUACUGAGCAUUGCUGCGUCAACUUUGUAGCAUUUGAUUCGUUUACCACACUGAUGACGAAAUGGCCGAGUUUAUUUUAUAAUUUUACGACUCGCUCUGUGAUAAAUUAUCGAAUAUCGAAGUAUAUGCUUUUUUACGAGUUGUUUAAAUUAUUGC